AUGGGACAAGGAAAUUCGAGCCCGCCGACGCCGAGUUUGUCGGAAGAGUCGAAGAAGAUUCGAGAGGAGGUGGGGAGAUUUUUGGGGAGGAAAUCUGAAAUUUUGAAUUUUUUGCUGAAAAUCGGGAGAUUUCAUUUAAAAAUCAUGUUUUUAUUAGAAAAAUUACGAAUAUUUGACUUAUUCAAAAAUUAGUGAAUUUCAGCCGAGAAUUAUCCAAAAAUCAAGAUUUUUUGGCUGAAAAUUAGGCCGGAAAAUAAUUAAUCUGAAAUUUCUGUAAAAUCAGAUUUCCACUUGAAAAUUCCAACAGAAAAUUUGCAUUUGUGGCUUAAAAUUCGGGUUUUCUGGCUGAAAAUCCAACUGAAAAUCCAAAUUAUUAAUGAGAAAAAAAAUCACAUGAAAAUUCGGCUAGAAAUCUCAAAUUCAAAUUCAUUUGUCUGAAAUUUAUGUAAGAUCAGAUUUUCCUGUUGAAACUUUAGAUUUUUAGAGAUUUUGAGAAAAAAUCAAGUUUUUGAUGAGAAAUCGCUGAAAAUGUGGAAUUUUCACUGAAAAUACGGCUAGAAAUCUCAAAUUUUGGUUGGAAUUCAAAUUAAUUUAUCUGAAAUUACUGUAAAAUCAGAUUUUCCUGUUGAAAAUUGAGAUUUUUGAGAGGAAUUUUGAAAAAAUCAAGUUUUUAAUGAUAAAUUGCUGAAAAUGUGGAAUUCACAUGAAAAUUCUGUUAAAAAAUCUCAAAUUUUGGUCUGAAAAUCUGAAUUUCUGGCUGAAAAUCCAGAUUUCUAGUAAAAAAUGUUUCCAGGUCAAACAACAUCCCAUCGUAAUGUACACAAAAGACGGUUGUGGCUAUUGUGUCAAAGCAAAAAAUGAACUCUUCGAAGACGGAUUCACAUACACGGAAAAAGUCUGAAAUUCCCCCAGAUUUUCAGCCAAAAAAAUGCUGAAAAUUUCAGAAUCUCAACACUUUGUCGAAAACUCAUCCAAAUAUUCAAGCGCAUUUGCAGGGAUUGAUUGAUUUGACGAAGCAACGGACUGUGCCGCAGAUUUUUAUUUGCGGAAAGUGAGUUGGAAUAGGCCACGCCCACAAAACAGUGCCCCAUCCCCAUUUUUUGCAGAUUUGUUGGCGGCUACACUGAACUCAACGCUCUCCGACCGAAUUUGCCCCAAAUUUUGCAAACGUGCUCCAUUGACAACGGCGAAACUCUGCGACGCGAAUUCGCCGCAAAAAUUUGA